CCUCCCCUAUUGGUGCCCGGCUUGCCCCUCCUUCCUAGAGUCCCAACUGCAGCGGCGGCAGCGCGAAGGGGGGCUGCAAGUGACCCAAGCGAUUCGCAGGUCUGCACCCUGUGCGGUGACUUGCGCAGCGCAGGCGCUUCCUUCUCCCCCCGCGGGACCCGGGCUUCCCGCGGCAGGAUGUUCUCCCGAAGGAUCCACGGGGAUGUGAAGAAGUCCACCCAGAAGGUCCUAGACCCCAAGAAGGACGUGCUGACCCGUCUGAAGCACCUGCGGGCGCUACUGGAUAAUGUGGAUGCAAGUGAACUUAAGCAGUUUUUUGAGACCAACUAUUCUCAGAUAUAUUUCAUCUUCUAUGAAAAUUUUAUAACACUGGAAAAUAGUUUAAAAUUAAAAGGGAAUAAUAAGUCACAAAGGGAGGAGCUCGACUCCAUCCUCUUUCUUUUUGAGAAAAUACUGCAGUUUCUACCUGAACGCAUUUUCUUUCGAUGGCAUUACCAAAGUAUAGGCUCAACUUUAAAGAAGCUUCUACACACUGCAAAUUCUAUUAAGAUAAGAUGUGAAGGAAUCAAGUUGUUUCUUCUGUGGCUUCAAGCACUUCAAACAAACUGUGCAGAAGAGCAGGUGCUGAUUUUUGCUUGCCUCGUGCCUGGUUUCCCAGCAAUCAUGUCCUCCAAAGGGCCCUGUACUCUGGAGACACUCAUCAGUCCAAGCCCUAGCACAGCUGAUGCAAAGAUAUAUCCAGAAGAAAUCACUCCACUCCUGCCAGCCAUAUCAGGGGAAAAGAUAGCUGAGGACCAAACAUGCUUUUUUCUCCAAAUACUAUUGAAGUAUAUGGUUAUUCAGGCUGCAAGCUUGGAGUGGAAGAAUAAAGAGAAUCAAGAUACUGGUUUUAAAUUUCUUUUUACAUUGUUUCGAAAGUAUUAUCUUCCUCAUUUAUUCCCAUCAUUUACUAAGUUAACAAACAUCUACAAACCUGUACUUGAUAUCCCCCAUUUAAGACCAAAGCCAGUGUAUAUUACUACAGCUCGAGACAAUGAAAACAUUUACAGUACAAAAAUUCCAUACAUGGCAGCACGUGUUGUUUUUAUUCAGUGGAUUGUAACUUUCUUUUUGGAAAAAAAGUAUCUAAGUACAGCACAAAACACUAAAAAUGGAGGCGAUGUAUUGCCUAAAAUUAUGCAGGUGUUCUUGAGUGCCAAAGAGGGUGACUCAGAAGUGGUAAUAACUUUCUUCCAGACUGUUGGUGGUGGUAUAGUUCAAGAGAGGGCACCAGAGCUGGAGAGUGGUGGACCUGCAGAGCCAGACAAAAACCAUUCUAACAGCAGCACCUUGUCAGACCGGAGACUCAGCAACUCUAGCCUUUGUAGCAUUGAAGAAGAGCACCGAACCAUGUAUGAAAUGGUGCAGCGGAUUCUCUUGUCAACACGAGGUUAUAUCAAUUUUGUGAAUGAAGUAUUUCGCCAGGCAUUUUUGUUGCCUUCCUGUGACAUAGCUGUAACAAGGAAAGUAGUUCAAGUGUACAAAAAAUGGAUCCUCCAGGACAAACCUGUGUUCAUGGAGGAACCAGAUAAAAAAGAAGUUGCCCAAGCAGAUGCUGAAAAAUUAGGAUUUUCUGAGACUGACAGCAAGGAGACUGCAUCUGAAAGCUCCGGUCAUAAGCGAUCUUCCAGUUGGGGACGAACAUACUCCUUCACAAGCGCUGUGAGCAGAGGGUGUGUGACAGAAGAGGAAAAUAAGAAUGUGAAAGCUGGGGCCCAGGCUGUGCUGCAGGUAUUUUUGACAAAUGCUGCAAAUGUCUUUUUGCUGGAACCAUGUGCUGAAGUUCCCAUACUCUUGAAAGAACAAGCUGAUGCUUGUAAAGCUGUUUUGAUUAUUUUUAGACGCAUGAUAAUGGAACUUACAAUGAAUAAAAAGACAUGGGAACAGAUGUUGCAAAUACUACUCAGGAUAACGGAAGCUGUCCUGCAGAAGCCAAAGGAUAAACAAAUAAAGGACUGGUUUGCCCAGAGUUUGGCAGGAUUACUGUUCAGGACACUCAUUGUGGCUUGGAUCCGAGCAAACCUCUGUGUGUACAUUUCUCGAGAGCUCUGGGAUGACUUUCUUGGUGUGCUGUCCUCCCUCACGGAGUGGGAGGAACUCAUAAAUGAGUGGACCAACAUUAUGGAUUCCUUGACAGCAGUGCUUGCAAGAACUGUUUAUGGAGUUGAGAUGACAAACCUACCUCUGGACAAAUUACGUGAACAGCAGGAAAAGAAACAACGAGGCAAAGGUUGCAUUCUAGAUUCUCAGAAAGGAACCACUGUGGGGAGAUCCUUUUCUCUCAGCUGGAGGAGCCACCCAGAUGUGACUGAGCCAAUGCGAUUUAGGAGUGCCACCACAUCUGGGGCACCAGGAGUUGAGAAAGCAAGAAAUACCAUUCGCCAAAAAGCAACUGAAGUGGAAGAAUGUCAGCAGUCAGAAAAUGCACCUGCAGUUGAAUCUGGUCACCUGGUGGCAGAGCAGCAGCAGCAGAUCAUUCGGAGCAGCAGUACACCCGAUGUCACUGAGCCACUGUGCUCAGGGUCAGCUCAGGGUCAAAAGGUAGAAAACACACAGAAUUUGAGUUCUUCAGAGCCUAAGCCUAUCCAGGAGAAUAAAGGAUAUGUGAAGAAAGAAUAUGAAGGAAUAACAAUCUUAGUUCGAAGAAGCAGCAGCUCUGCUGAACUGGAUUUAAAAGAUGAUUUGCAGCAGACGCAAGGAAAAUGUAGGGAAAGACAGAAGAGUGAAAGUGUCAGCAGUGACACAGCUCUGGGCUGGAACAAUGAGGCAGAGUUGUCCAUGACUUCAUGGCAGACCUGUGAGGAAGAUACAGAACUGAACUCUCCCACAGAUGUUGUAGCUGACUCUGAUGCCCGCCAUUGGUUACAACUGAGUCCCACUGAUACUUCAAACUUCACAGAUAGCAGCGAAUGCCUUACAGAUGACUGCAGCAUAAUUGCUGGAGGGAACCUCACUGGUUGGCACCCAGACUCUGCUGCUGUGUUAUGGCGAAGAAUCUUAGGAAUCCUUGGAGAUGUGAAUAAUAUCCAGUCGCCAAAGAUCCAUGCCAAAGUUUUUCGCUAUCUAUAUGAACUCUGGUACAAACUAGCAAAGAUACGAGAUAAUCUAGCAAUAAGCCUGGAUAACCAGUCUUCUCCAUCUCCUCCGGUCUUGAUCCCACCACUCAGAAUGUUUGCAUCAUGGCUAUUUAAGGCAACGACAUUGCCAAAUGAAUAUAAGGAAGGUAAACUACAAGCCUACAAAUUGAUCUGUGCCAUGAUGACCAGACGCCAGGAUGUUCUACCAAACUCAGACUUCCUGGUACAUUUUUACCUUGUGAUGCACCUGGGAUUAACCAGUGAGGAUCAGGAUAUCUUAAAUACCAUUAUAAGGCACUGUCCACCUCGUUUUUUUUCACUGGGUUUGCCUGGCUUCUCAAUGCUGGUAGGGGACUUUAUCAUGGCUGCUGCCAGGGUUCUCAGUACAGACAUGCUGGCGGCACCUCGUUCAGAAGCUCUCACCAUUCUAGGCUCUCUUGUCUGCUUUCCAAAUACCUACCAGGAGAUCCCUUUGCUGCAGUCAGUGCCAGAAGUUAGUGAAGUCUCUACAGGAACUGAAGAUGUCAAGCAUUACCUCAUAAAUAUUUUACUGAAGAAUGCUACAGAGGAACCAAGUGAAUGUGCAAGAUGCAUUGCUAUUUGCUCCCUUGGAGUCUGGAUAUGCGAAGAGCUUGCACAGUGUACAAGGCAUCCUCUGCUAAAAGAGGCCAUCAAUGUGAUAGGUGUCACUUUGAAGUUUCCUAACAAAAUCGUGGCUCAGGCAGCUUGCGAUGUUCUUCAGUUGCUGGUUUCCUACUGGGAAAAGCUUCAGAUGUUUGAAACCUCUCUGCCUCUGAAAAUUGCAGAAAUCCUUGUGGCCACAAUUGCUUUUCUUUUACCAAGUGCAGAGUACUCCUCAGUGGAAACAGAUAAGAAGUUUAUUGUAUCCUUGUUACUCUGCCUCUUGGACUGGUGCAUGGCUUUGCCAGUGAAUGCCCUCCUCCACCCAGUGUCUGUGGCAGCCCUCGAGGAACAGCACUCAUCCAGAGCCCCUUUGCUGGACUAUAUCUACAGGGUUCUACACUGCUGUGUAUGUGGUUCAAGCACAUACACCCAACAGAGUCACUACACACUGACCCUGGCUGACCUGUCAUCCUCAGAUUAUGACCCCUUCCUACCACUGGCAAACGUGAAGAAUUCUGAGCCAGUCCAAUAUCAUUCAUCAGCAGAAAUGGGCAACCUGUUUACUGUUGAAGAGGAGAGGAAGAGACGAAGUUUGGAGCUAAUCCCUCUGACUGCCAAAAUGGUGAUGGCCCACCUGGUGAACCACCUGGGACACUUCCCCCUCCAUGGGGGCCCAGCUGUACUGCAUAGCCUGGUCAGCGAGAAUCAUGACAACAUGCCUGUGGAAGUUUCUGAGCUUUCCUCCGAGGUGUUCAGGAGUCCAAACUUACAGUUGUUUGUAUUUAAUGAUAGCACCCUCAUCUCCUACCUUCAGACACCCACAGAAGGAAUGGCAGGCAGCUCACCAGUGGGCACCCUCUCAGACGUGAGGGUAAUUGUGAGGGACAUCUCAGGAAAGUACUGCUGGGAUGGGAAGGUUUUGUAUGGACAUUUAGAAGGCUGCUUAACACCCAACAACAGAAAUCCUUCAUUUCUGAUUUCGAGCUGGCAUCAUCAACCAUUUGGACCUCAGAGAGAUUUUUCUCAGACUGAGGAGGGAGAUGAUGUCCUUGAUAAAUUACUUGAAAACAUUGGCCACACUAGUCCUGAAUGUCUUUUACCAUCACAGCUAAAUCUAAAUGAGCCUUCCCCACCCCCACUUGGAAUGAACCGUGACCAAGAGAAGGAAAUCAUCAAGGUCAUUUUGCACCAGAAUGCACAAGAAGAUGAGUAUGUUCAGAGGGGUAACUCUGAUUCGGCCCUGAGAGUCCCCAGCCAGGAGCAGCCCUCACCAGUGGAACCCCAGGGACCCUUUUAUUUUUGCAGGUUGUUGCUUGAUGAGUUGGGAAUGAAUUCUUGGGACAGAAGGAAGAAUUUUCAUCUGUUGAAGAAAAAUUCAAAAUUAUUGAGAGAGCUAAAAAAUCUAGACUCCCGUCAGUGCCGUGAAACGCAUAAAAUUGCAGUGUUUUACAUUGCUGAAGGUCAAGAAGACAAGUGUUCAAUCCUUUCCAAUGACAAAGGAAGCCAAGCAUAUGAAGAGUUUGUUGCUGGACUUGGAUGGGAGGUGGAUCUCUCCACCCACUGCGGAUUCAUGGGUGGACUUCAGCGCAAUGGCAGCACAGGACAGACUGCUCCUUACUAUGCUACCUCGACUGUCGAAGUGAUUUUCCACGUUUCCACUCGGAUGCCAUCAGACUCAGAUGAUUCACUCACCAAAAAGCUCCGCCACUUGGGGAAUGACGAGGUCCACAUUGUCUGGUCUGAACACUCCAGGGACUAUCGCAGGGGUAUUAUCCCAACUGCCUUUGGAGACGUUUCAAUCAUUAUUUACCCAAUAAAGAAUCACAUGUUCUUUAUCACGAUAAGGAAGAAACCAGAGGUUCCAUUUUUCGGGCCUCUGUUUGAUGGAGCCAUAGUGAGUGGGAAGUUACUGCCAAGCCUUAUAUGUGCCACAUGCAUCAAUGCCAGCAGGGCUGUGAAGUGCCUCAUCCCACUCUACCAGAGCUUCUAUGAAGAGCGAGCUCUGUAUCUCGAAGCAAUAAUUCAGAACCACCGUGAAGUAAUGACAUUUGAGGAUUUUGCAGCCCAAGUCUUUUCUCCAUCUCCAAGCUACUCCCUCAGUGGAAUGGAUUAAAAUACAUAAAGGUCUCAUUGCAGUAUUUGAGCAAGGGCCCUGGCCACCAGCCUGAGUGCCUGCCUCACAGCGCUCUUGGCAAGGAGUAGAUGGUUGAGACUCCCCCACUAUCCUCACCCAGAAACCUCCAAACCCAGACACUCUGGAAACAUGGUAGUUGUGCUAGUGCCCUCAGCAAACCUUCCAUUAAUGGACUUCCGAAGUUAAAGACAAAUCCCACUGGAAUGUUGCAGGUUGGACUUCCAAACUAGGCACUGUUGUAUUGCCCAGAAACCUCAUGAACCUUGAGCUUCAAAAGAAGAAAAGAAAAAGUCACCAACAAACACAGACAUACCCACCAUCAUGUAGACAUUAGUGUGGCUGCUCCAGGCAGAGACAGCAGAAGAUUCCAGGCUUUCAGGGAGGGGCACAGGAUAGCUGAUUUCUGUGCCCUAUAUUGUUUCUUCUCAUUGACCCAAGCAUGAUUCACAGAGGGGCUGGCAAAACAACGGUCAAAUUGUUUGAGGAAUUUUCUCUGCAUUGAUUUUGCUAGGUCUCAUGUUAGAAUGUAUGGUUUACUCAAAAAUUUCAUCAUCAGGGAAAUUGGCUUUCCCUAGGGUCUUUUGCCCAGGAGACAUUUUACCUCAGUUGGUAAGUGUUUUUCCACCUGGUGACUGAUGCCCACUAGCUUAGAUGUUUUCCUGACCAUGCUGGAGGCACUCCAGGUCAUGACAAUGAUACUCCUAUCACAGAGCACUCAGAUGUUUCUUGAAAUUCGGGGUCCUGUUCCUGUGAAAGCUCUGUAGGUCAGGAAGCUUCUAAGGCCCCUCUCAGCACAGCACCAGUCAAGGAGCAUGCCAGCUCAGGUGCUAGAUUGAAACAGGCACCCUGCAAUGUCCAUCUGCCUCCAAGAGCUUCCCCUGGAAUUGUGCUCUCCUGCCCACUGCCUAGAGAAGACCAUGGCAGGGGCCGUAGGGAUAUUUCCCAUCAUACAGAGCUUUAGGGUGACAGAUUCCAAGCAAGGGUUUGAUUAUGCUUUUCAGUCAUUUGGCUCUGAGGGAUGCAUAAUGACCCUAUUUAAAAAAAAAGAAAAGGAAAACCAGUGAAAAGCUCUGCCUCUUCUGGCACUUUCCCAGCACCCUUGCUGGGUGUCUGAGGGUGUCAGAGACAGAGAAAUCAGUCAACAGGGAAGACCUCUGCUUCUCACCUAGGUCUUGGCCUAUCUCAGUGUGGAGUUCUGCCCUACCACCCACUGCAGUCUUUGUCUUGUAAGGUCAUUUUAGACACACAGGUCCAGAGUAGAGUAAGCUGCUGGCUCAGAAUUUGGGGGUGUGGGGGGAAGACAGCCACUAGGAGAGGCCCUAGUCUGAAAAAAGGUCAGCCGUGCGUGGGUAUUUUCCCUCUCUCCUCUGCCCUCUGCUCCUCUGUGUCCGUCUGCUCUGCACCCAUGUGUGUUGCCCCAGCCCACUUAGGUAACCUUUCUGUGAGCCCUCAGAGCCUACUUGAGAGUGUCAGUGAAGCCAUUUUCACUAACCAGUCAGUUCUUUCUAUCAACCAUCCAGCUGGUUUGGCUGGUACCUGACCUUUGAAGAGAAAAGAGCAGACCCAAGAGCAAGACUGCCUUUUGGGACAAGUGAAAGGGGAUUGUGGAAGUCUUUCCUAUUAGAAGGGUGGACCUUAUAGUUCUAAAGAGAAUUUGUUUUUUUUGCUUUGUAGGAGAUUGCAGGUGGGGCUUAAUGCCCAGGCCCACCAGACAGAAGCAGCUUAAACAUAUCUGUGUAUGAGAGGAUGGGGGAUGCCCCAAAGUAGAAUACAUGGUCUUAAUCAUUUUGUGCCGUUCUGUAAACAGGGAUUUGUUCACUCAUUGGGGCUGAAUGGACAAUAUAAAGGGUGACUGGAAGUCACAGCAUUUUCUGUUGUCUCAGCAAAUAUCAGGAGUUUAUGUUCUCCUCCCACACACACACCUUUUUAAUGAUUUGGGCUUUCUGGUGGGCUUGGUUUGCCCCAUCACUCACACUCGAGACUGCUGUUGAGUUGCUUUGUUUCAUAUAUACAAAAUAGCCAAACCUUGUUCUUUCCAGGAAAGGCAGUGCUUGUUGCUGGGCUCCAGAGUCCCAUGGAGACUCUGUUGGGAAGUAGUGUCUAGAACAUUUCUACAUGAAUCUACAACAUUCUAGAAUCUCCAAGAUUUUAGAACAUUUCUUAAGAUUCUACAAAUCCCUGGUGCAGAAUUCUUGGAUUUAGUUGAAGUGUUGGAACUUGGGAGUCAUACUGAACUCCCCUGGACUUCUGCUCCAUGAUUCCAUUUUACCUCCAGGAACCAAUCCUUCUCACCCUGCAGUGGCAAACUCAGUUGUAGGUAGCAAAGACCUUUCUGUCAUCCCUAAUGAUUUUGGCAAGUCUGUGACCCCAAAUUACAACCAGCAGUUUUGCCACUAGAGCUUUUCCCGAGCCCACUAUUCUUAGUACCGAGUUUCAUUUGGAGACUUGGAAUGGAGAAGCUGGGGAUCUGGCAACCAGGUUUGCUUGCAAUCAUCGGGACUUGAAUCAUUUUUGUAAUUUGAGGUGGACAAUUGAAAUUUUUUUUUUACUUAGAAAAGCAAAUAUUGUGCUUUUGUAAUUAAUGCCUUUCAACUAAAUUGCUAAGGGUCACUCAUCCGGUGGGGUCCCACCUGAGUCAUAUUAGUAGGUCAGCCAUCUGUAAACAAAAGUGGCCCUUAAUUGGCCCAAAAUCGAUAAGACUCACAGGCUUCCACACAGGGCCAUCGUGGUUUCCUUCUCUGCACUCAUGUUUUACAGUCUCACUGAGUAGGUUUUGUACCUAAAAAAAUAGUAAUGCCACAAAAUGAUGACUCCUUUAAAUAUAGUAAAAUCUUAAGUAGCCAGAAGUGAGGAAAUUUAGCUUGGGUAAAUGACUGUCACAGUGUCUUCAUGCAAUUAAGCCUGCAGUUCCUAAAAAUCCACGGGGAGGUGGAGGGGGUUCAGCCUUCAUUUUGUGAGAGGGGCUAACAGAUCAGAUCCUUAGCCUUACAAACAAGAUCACCUGGGCCCAUAGCAGUACAAUCACAUUGCAUCUUCCUGAAUUUCGUCCUGUGCAAACAACUGCUCCAUGUACUGUUAUAUUUGUAUCAUCUGGAGGCUCAAGGGGGUUCUUUGAAACUUACUGUGAUGUCUUCCAUGUAACUAUGCUACCUUUAUGUCUACUGAAGGGGAGUGUCUGCAUAUGAAGGGAAGUUAACCAUAAACAACCAUCCUUUUAGUUGCACUCAAUAUCUAUGUAUAACAUACACAUUAAUUGAAUGCUUGCAGGCCUACAAUAUUUAGUCCUUGUAAAUAAGGAAUAUCAUAAUUAAGUUACAGCAUGUCAUUUGAUUUUUAUUUUGCUCUUAUUUAAUUUUCUGAAUGCUCACAUCUGGGUUUACAUCCAGGUGAUAGAGAUGUUUUUGUGUAACACACCUGUACAGGCAUGUGUAUAUGUUGUGCCAGGUCACUGCACAGAGAUGUGCCACACCCAGAGAAGCACACAGCUCCACAGGUAACCACCACGACUCUCUGGUCUACCCUCUUUUUCUUCUUAAUUAUGAUUUACUAUGAUGAUUUAAUAAAAUAGAAAUACAGCA